AGGCUCCCAAGGAGAUGAUCCAGGCACGCAAGGAAAGGACUGGAGAUGGCAGUGCUUGAAGAGGAACGCUUCUCUGUGCGUCAGCACCGUCGCACACUGCUCAGAGUUAUUUGCCUCUGGGUAAAAUUAGUUUUUUUCAGUUGGGCUGAAUUUAUUCCACGGGAACAGAUUCGGCUCCGGCUUUUCUUCCUUAUUAGCUGUCUUAUGUCCAAACUUCAGACUAUUAAACGUCAGAAUGUUCUAUAUUAUUUAAUAUUAGAGUUAAACUAAUUUUAGUCACUGUAGAUUAUGUCUGAAAUACGUUGUAAUUUGCUCGUUCAUGGUUAAACGUGGCAGUUUGGAGGAACUAAUUAUCCUUUCAAAGUGCAGUUAGGGGAGAAUUUGUUUCUACUAUUAAUCAAACAUGCUUUUGAGACGUGUUUCUUGCAGGGGACGGGGCAGGACAGGGCACAAUGUGCUGUUUCAGCUACAAAGCGAUGGAAAGGAACAGGAAGAGCACCAAGCAAAACAGGAUGUCAAAGAGGAGAAAUCAGCCUAAAAUUAGUUAGCUGCUAGUUGGAAAAUCUGCUUUCUUCUUUUCGUUCGCCCUGUUAGCCAAACCAACGCGCCGCUGUCUUUGCUAAAUAUGAAAACCAUUGACUGCUGAGCAGGCUUUUGUGUUGAAGAUACAGGCCAAAAUACGAACUGACGCUGUGUUGAGAUGAUUCCUUUGUUGUUGCAUACACAUUGUAAUUUGUAAAGAUAUAGAGCUCAACAGUGUCUUAAGCCAAAUGAAGCUUCAGUUUCGAUGUUUGGAGACCUGAGUUAUAUUCUAACCAGUCAUGGCCAUGAAUGCAUGCAUAUUUUAGCUCCUUUUGCACAAGAGGCCGCUAACGUUUUAUUUUCUGCCUUUGACUUGUGGGUCUUUGAAAACUGACCUUUAUCGAAGUCGGAGUCUCUACUAAUAUUUCAGCUGCAUGCAACAUCCAUUGGUUUCUGAGCAAAAUACAAGGACAGUUAUGUAGCUUCUGAACUAAACGGUUGCCUUGUUUAAAAAGGAAAAAAGAAAAAAAAAAAGAAGAAAAAAGAAAAAAAAGAAGAAAAAAAAAAAAAAAGCAUGCGGAGUUAAUGGGACAUACAGCCCUUUGUGUUAGAUGUCAGCCAGUGCAGGAGAAAGGCUUCAUACUGUCGGCACUGGAGCACUUUUGAAGAUAGAGGGCGUGAUUCUCAUUUAUAAAGCAGGUCGCCGCCAUACGCCUCGCUAGGGGGGUGCUCGCCUGGAGCGCGGCAGUGGCUCGAGGUAGGUGAGACUCAGCCCAGGUAUUUUCAAGAAAGAUGUAGAGUUUAAACAAAAACAAAGAACCAACAAAACCACAGUUAAAACUCAAUUCUUUUUUUUUUUUUCCUUGUUUCUCGUUUUUCAAAUGUUGCCAUAUAAUAUAAGAGUUGUCUUUAUUCUGUAUUUCAUCCAGCAGGUGUUUUAACAGUGUUAAUUUGCCAUUAAUGAUGUUAAACUCUUGAGUGUUUUACAAUAAACAGUUAUGAAUUAGUCCGGCCGCUGCGUUUUGCUUGGAAACACCUCCAGCAGCAAAGGGAGAAGCACAGCACUGCUACACCUGACAUUUCCAGCUAUUCUGUUAGAGCAGAGCAUCUGCAGGUAUCCACCCCCUCCGUGUGUGUGUGUGUGUGUGUUCCUCCUCAGUGGAGGAGGACUUUUAUCAACCAGAAGGGCACCACGAGAGUGGAUUACUUCCUUCCUCCUGAUGCAAUUUGCUGAAAGGCCUGCGUGUGCCAGAUGUGUGUGUCUCAACGUGCGUCCAUCUGCAGUUGUGGCUCUUGGCAGACACAGGAGUUGCACACGCGGGGGGAGACGUCUCACUGCUGUGAGUGCGGGAAGCUAGGAAGUUUCCUACCUACUGCUUGGAAGUGCAGGAGUGUCAGGAGCAUUGCUUCCCUCUCUGAGGGGUCAAUGGGCUGUUGGAGGGCAGCAAAAAUCGUUGGGGAGCACCUUCAGAAUGAUGCUGGAGGCGGGCUUGGAGGUGAUGUUUGAGUGCAGGAGCGAAGCAGGGAAGACACAAACGCAUCUUCCUGGCUCUUCCUUCGUUUUAUCUGUGUAGCUCCCUGUUUGGAGAACUGCAGUGAGAGCACUGUGCAGCAGCUUACAAACACAUCUUCCUGCUGAUCUUUGUCACAUCGUACAUCCUCUUUUAUUUUCUUUUUUUUUUUCUUUUGGUAUUGCUAUUACUUGGACUUCCCUAAGCUGAUUCCUGUGCGCUUGAAGCAACACCAGUUCCAGUGGGACUGGGGGAUCUGAGACCUUGGAGCUGUUUGCAAGUUAGCUGUGAUUUUGAAACUCGAAGCAGGUAUGGACGGGAAGAAAUGCAGCGUGUGGAUGUUUUUGCCCCUUGUGUUUACCCUAUUUACGUCAGCUGGGUUAUGGAUUGUGUACUUUAUAGCAGUGGAAGACAACAAAAUUAUUGCACUAAAUGUACCGGAGAGGAAACCAGGUUCCAAAAGACCACCUUAUAUAAGUAUUGCAGGUGAUGCUCCUCCCGCGAGCUGCGUGUUUAGCCAAGUCAUGAACAUGGCAGCAUUUCUAGCACUUGUUGUUGCUGUCCUGCGUUUCAUUCAGCUGAAGCCAAAGGUGCUGAACCCUUGGCUGAACGUCAGCGGCCUGGUGGCGUUGUGCCUGGCCUCCUUUGGGAUGACCUUACUCGGCAACUUCCAGCUUUCUAAUGAUGAGGAGAUCCACAAUGUGGGCACAUCACUGACCUUUGGCUUUGGGACCUUGGCAUGCUGGAUUCAGUCUGCUCUCACCCUCAAGAUCAACCUGAAGAAUGAGGGACGGAAAGCUGGGAUUCCACGAGUUGCCUUAUCGGCCGGCAUCACUCUCUGCGUGGUGCUUUAUUUCAUCCUGAUGGCGCAAGGCAUCCACAUGUAUGCUGCCAGGAUCCAGUGGGGCCUGGUGAUGUGCUUCCUGUGCUACUUUGGCACGUUUGCCGUGGAGUUCAGGCACUACAGAUUUGAGAUAGUUUGUUCUGAGUACCAGGAAAACUUUCUGAGCUUUUCUGAAAGCUUGUCAGAAGCCUCCGAGUACCAGACGGAUCAGGUGUAGCCUGUCCUUUGGCCAGGGGGAGGGGGGCAGGUGCACUUCUAUGGUUAGACAUGACCUCAUUUACACUUUUUUUGAUGAGUUUGUUUUCCACGUGCAAUCAUUGUCGUAUUGCCAAAGGGCUCUGAGGGCGAUUGCCUCAUUAAGGGCCAAACAAAAAUAGCUGCCUGCUGGAAGAGGACUGGAUCCUUCUGAACAGCAGUGCCGGGUAGCACAAGUUGUUCAGUUUGUGCUGUCAGAGACUCUUUCUCAGCAGCUCCAUCUCACACCUGCUGUUCAAGAUGUUCGGCAGCAGAUCCUCUCGGUGCCCCUCCCAGGCAGGCACUGCUCUGCCUGUCCUAUAGGGGAGGAGAUGAAGGAAACAGGCCUGUCUGGGCAUCGUCUUCAGACAUUGCUGGUUCCUGAGUUGCUAGGCUGCACUUUUUGUAUCUUUUUUGCAUUGUUUUCUUUGCUGCUGAUAGGAGUAACUUGGUAGGGUGAGAAGGAAUGGCUGUUUUCUCUGGACUUAAAACUGGACAUUGGAAGACCCAAACUGACCAGCAUUUACGAGCAGGUGGGCAUUGCUUCCAGCCUGGAAAGCAGCUGAUGGCAAAGCUGGAUUUGGGAGAGAUCAUGUGAGACUUUGCUGAUGCUGCCUGGCAGCAGAGAGGACUGUGCCCAUGCCAGAGGAGAUGGCACAGGGGAGCACUAUGCUGGGCUUGGUGUUUCGUGGGCUGCAAUGGGGACUGAUGGAAGCCAGGUGCUGAAUUAAUAAGUGAAUGCCUAUGUGCUCUAAAGAUGACCCAGAAGAGGCUGCUCUUUUUAAGUGUUUAGUGCUUCCACUACAUAUCAUCUGUAGGAUUUCAAAAGCUGCUUGUUGUUGUUGUUGUUGUUCACAGAAGAGGUAAACAUUGUGUUAGAGACACUGGACUUACCUACAAUGAAAACAGAAUCAUUGCAGCUGGGCUUUACUGUGUGUAGGGUUUUUAGUUGGUUUUGUUUGUGUUUUGCUCCUUAUGCACUUACAAGUCAAACUUCAGACACAUUUUGUCCCUGUCUGCGAUCCAGACUUCUCCCUUGGCCAGUUUUCCUGAAUGGGCUUCUAAUGAGUGUCAAGGCUGGGGGACUUGGCCUAAGUCACCAAAAGCAGGAGUAGCUUUGCUCUGCACUCCUGGGGGUGCUUGAAGUAGAAAUAUAACAAGGAGAAACAUUUCCUGCAGACAUAGUGUGUGUGUGUGUGGUUAAAGCCCAUCUCUGAGAACACGGAGUUGGGGAAGGCUGCUGGAUCAGACAGGUAGGGGAUGGAUGGGACUCAUUUCCCUAAGCAGGCUAAGCUUAGGUUUGCUUCUUCUGCCUGUGCUGACAUGGGGCAUCUCAUCACCCCUGUGGGAAAAGAAGCAGAAAUGAAAAUGGUGGCAAGAAGUGUUUGUAGGGAAACUCCUACCACACUAUAGUAUUUCUGACAGAAAGGGAAAGGGCAUGAGGGCAUUCAGCGCUCUGCAAAGGGCAGAGGCCUCUCCAGGAAGGAGAAAUGGUCAAGAAGACCUUCUGUUAAAGCUAGUGCCCUUUACAUGAUCUUUCAUGGCUCAGAACUUGUUUUUGGGAAGGGAGGUGCUGAGGCUGUGGCUCAGGGCACACCAGGUCAUCCACAGCUCCACCAGCAGUCCUGCACUGAGUGGUGGGGGAUGGGAUGCAGGGGGACCCAACGUGGGCACACGGUGGAUGCAUAGGGAGCACAGAGCAGUGUUUUGCUUUAAGGGUGUUUUAUUGUAAAUAGUCCUCUUUGUUUUGUUGGGUUUUUUUUUAAAUCAAUUACUACUUUUUGGUUUAUUGUUUUAUACUUUGUAACAACUUUAACAAAGAAAAAGAAGGAUGAUGAUUGUGACUUGUUUUUCCUUUUCCUAUAUGCAAUCCAAACUCAACUUCAGGUUUUUGGUAAUAACUCUGUACAUUUCUUACAGUAUUUCUAACAGCACAUUUCAAUACAACUAAACGACAACCACUAUACACUUGACCACUAAAUAAAGUGCUUUUAUGGAGAAA